AUGUCUUUCACAAAUGAAAAUCUUUUUUGGUGUCCUUUUGGCAAAGCCCUUAAAACAGAACUUCAAAACUUAUUUACUAGCCCUGAUGAAAUUGAUCUCAUUCCCCCUAUUCAAGAUCAAGAAGAAUUCAAUUAUGCUUUUGAAAAAUGUGGUCAGUUGUGGCAGUAUCUUGUGAAAAGGCAAAAAGAAAUGAAACAGCCAAUUUAUGAGAGGCCUACAUUUGCAAUUCAUGCCUUGCAAACUUUCAUGCCAUUAAGAUUAGUGCCAUUUAUGUCUUCAAGUCCAUUGUUGAAAUUGCAAUCCAAACUUCAAACAACAAACCUUUACAAUGAGUUUAUGAAAGAUUAUGAGCUAGAAAUCAAAGAACAGACAUUCUGGUCUCAUAAACCUCUGUGGAAUCUCUUCAAUGUUGAAACUUUGGGUGUAGAAAUUUCUAAAUACUGUACAUUUGACAGGAUAAUAAAUAUCCUCAAGAUGCCUGGUGCUGAGAAGGCUAUGAAGUUACUUUGUAUUUACUUCUUGGGAUCACUCAAUGCUGAAGUCAUUAGAGACAAUGAAAACUGCAAAUUAGCUGAAUUCCUAGUGGCAGAAGGUGUCUUAAUGUGUGUUGGAGAUAUUGAGGCAUCACAAAAAUUUCAAAUAAAUAGUACCAUGGACACUCUAGAUGUCUUAUUAAAUGUUAUUCCUUUUUUUGAAAAAGACAUUAUUGGUUAUGCUUCUGCUCAUUCAUUCAAAAAAGCACCUGUGCCUGUAGGAGGUUAUAAUGGUGUAAAUGUUCCUAGAGAAAGUGUGUAUCAAACAGAGUUGGAUAGAAUCUUGGUAAAGUGGCUUGGUACACAAAGAAACUUUGAGGUCACAGGGCAAUGGCAUUUAACACAGCCUCAAAAGAAAAAGAAUAAAGGUGGUAAACAUCAAUAUUGUGACAUAGUGAUAAUGGGACCUGAUAGUUCUUCUCAGCCAAUAGUUAUUCUUGAGCUUUUAGCAACUGGAACACAAAAUAAUCUUGAUGAGCAUUAUGAAUGA